AUGGCGUCAAGUCUGGUGGGCGCGACGUUGAAUCUUCUUCGUCGCCAGGUUGAAGACGCGGAUCCAGACGAGCCGUCAGAGGCCGGACAGAAAGAGAUCUUCUCAUCAUGGGCCCUCUUCAUCCUGAUCAUGCUGCUCAUUGCGGCGCUCUUUAUGAGCUACAUUCUGCAGCAGAAGAAGAUCCAAGCGGUGCAUGAGACAGUCAUAUCCAUAUUCGCUGGGAUGGUCGUCGGCUUGGUCAUCAGAGUGACCCCCGGGACGGUCAUACAGGACACCGUCAGCUUCGACUACCAAUUCUUCUUCAACCUCCUCCUUCCGCCGAUCAUCCUCGCCUCGGGUUAUGAGUUACACCAGGCCAAUUUCUUUCGCAAUAUCGGCACCAUUUUGACCUUUGCGUUUGCCGGGACGUUCAUUUCCGCAGUCUCGUUGGGUCUCAUCCUCUGGCUGUGGACCAGAAUACCCUUCGACGGCUUGCAGAUCACCUGGGUCGAGGCGAUCUCGGUCGGGGCCACGCUCUCUGCCACCGAUCCCGUCACCAUCCUCGCCAUCUUCAAUCUUUACAAAGUCGAGCCGAAACUCUACACGGUCAUCUUUGGCGAGUCCAUCCUCAACGACGCCAUCGCCAUUGUCCUGUUCGAGACGGCCCAAAGAUACAGGGAAGGCGGCGCGGCUGGGAAUCUGAACAUCAUCAGUCUGUUCGAGGCCAUCGGGAUUUUCUUGCUCGUCUUCUUCACCAGCUUGGUCAUCGGCGUUGUCGUCGGAAUCGGGACCGCUCUGGCGCUGAAAUAUACCUUUGUGCGCCGGUUCCCCCGGAUUGAGAGCUCGCUGAUUGUUCUAAUCGCAUACGCAAGCUAUUUCUUUUCCAACGGCGUGCAUAUGUCAGGCAUCGUAUCGCUCUUGUUCUGCGGAAUCACCCUGAAGCACUAUGCAUACUAUAACAUGUCGAGGCGGACCCAGCUCACCACGAAAUUCGUUUUUCAGAUUACUGCACAGCUCUCGGAAAACUUCAUCUUCAUCUACCUGGGCCUCACACUAUUUACCGAGACAGAUCUGGUCUUCAAACCUCUCUUUAUUCUCGUCACCGUGGUCGGCAUCUGUGGCGCGCGGUGGCUGGCAGUGUUUCCGCUCUCCAAGGCGAUCAACUAUAUCAUUCGAGUGCGAGCGAAACGACGCGGGCGAGAUGUCGCCGAAGAACUUCCCUGGCACUAUCAGGUCAUGUUGUUCUGGGCUGGGCUACGGGGCGCCGUCGGAGUCGCCUUGGCCGCCGGGCUGCAAGGCAACGAAGGUCCUGCGCUGCGUGCGACUGUUUUGGUUGUGGUUGUCCUGACAGUCAUCAUUUUCGGCGGAACUACAGCCCGCAUGCUGGAAAUCCUCAACAUCCGCACAGGCGUUGUGGAAGAGAUUGAUUCGGACGACGAAUUUGACAUUGAGACAGCGAAUGGCGGUACAUAUUACAAGCGCUCUGGAACGGGUUUCGGCCACAAUCCACGGUCGUCGUCCAUUGGCCUUGAUUACGUGGGCAAUGCGCGAGAGGGAAGACCAAACGGCUCCGCGUCUCGCCCCCGCCCCGACAGAGGAUACAGUAGCAGUAAUGGACGCUCCCCACCCGUCCGGGGCGGAAAUCAGCGCAAGAACUCGACCAUUUCUCAGCGGGAACGCGAGAUUGCAGCCCAGCAAGGGAAGCUGCUGUACGGCAACGGCAGCAUGAGUGGAUCGACUUCAGAUGACGAGGAAGAUGCUGUUGAUCUCGACCUGCCCCCUGCAGCACCCCGAAGGAAACAAUCGCCUCUCGCGGGAGGUCAUGAUGCACGAGCGCGGUCGGCGCCGGAUAUCGUUCUCAACAAUGGAGACGACGAUCCGCUUAGCGUGGACCAUGGAGACAUGGGCACCGUGGCCCAGACGGAAGGGACGUCGACGCCACUCGCCGGCGCGACCAGUUCGAUCCGAAAUCUGCUCCGGGGCGCCACGGGAGAUCACACGGCCUGGUUUCGGCAACUGGACGAGGACUUUAUCAAACCGCAUCUGUUGUUAGAUCAGCACCAGGGUCAAGGGAAAGGGCCACCGCCUUCUUGA